AUGUCUAAUGCAUUGGACCAUGCUCAGACUACUAACAGCAGUGGUCUGAGACCUCCCCUGUCCAACAGGAGGACCUUCUCGCAGAGGAUACUCCGGCGCAUGCGAAGCAAGAACUCCGUCACUUCCGAAAGGCCGUCCCUGUCGCUCAGGAAGACAGUAUCCAACAUCGAUCCCGCUGACGAAUACACCAACCCUCUGGAGCAAAGCGCGAGAUGGCUUCUGUCCGCCCGUGCAGGCGCCAUCCGCGCCGGCGCCAGUAUCGGCUUCGGCAUCAUGAACCGCUCAGCUGUCAAUCCGACGUCGACCGUCUGGCUCAACUCAACCCUGGGUCCGUGGAAGGGCACUCGAAAGAUUGAGGUCAAGAUAUGGGAUCCGAAGAAGAUCCCUCAGGCAUCACAGAGUCGCGACACGUCACACACAUCAAAGCGACCCGCCGUCAUCAACUUUCACGGAGGCGGUUUCGUCGUCGGCACUGCAACUGACGAUGCCCAUUGGGCGGGCGCUGUCAUGAAAGCCCUUGAUGCCGUCGUCUUCUCGGUGAACUAUCGCCUCGCUCCUGAGUACCCCUAUCCAACAGCCGUCGAGGAUUGCGCGGAUGCUAUUCUUCAAAUUGCGAGAAGGUCGGAAGAGUUCGGCAUCGAUGCCGACCGCAUCAUCAUUUCAGGCUUUUCGGCUGGUGGCACACUUUCUCUGGCGAGCUGGGCAAUACUGCAGGACCCAGAAAGAUGGGGAUAUCAAGUGGCAGGCGUGCCUCCAACCAUCGCAGGAUUCGCUCUGUUUUAUCCCUUGCUCGACUGGACCAUAAGUCGGCCCCACAAACGUUUAUCUUGUAUAAAGCCAGAUCUCACGCUUUCAAAGAACUUAACGGAUCUGUUCGAUGCUUCGUAUCUCUAUCCGCAGAUACCAAAGGAUGACCGCGACGACCCACGGUUAUCACCCGGACUGAUGUCAGAUGAAACGCUCGAACGGAUGCCGCCUUUGCAUCUAUGCAUCUGCGAGUACGACAUGCUACAUGCCGAGGGCCGCGCGUUUGCCAACAGGUUAGAAGACGCUGGGAAGGAGGUUACAGUGAGGGCAGUGAAGGAAGCUAAGCAUGCUUGGGACAAACCACCUCCAAUGGUACCGAAGCCCAGUGUACACGUAGAAUAUGGGCAUGCCGUUGAUACGAUAAGACGCUGGGUCAUCAUAGACGCUGAGAAUGAGAAGAGUACGGUGAUAUCAACAGAAUAG